GGAGAUCAUGUGGGUGGAAUCUUUUUAGCCUUCUUUUUUUCGGGGGAGGGAUAAGCUUUCUCGCCAGGGUGUUGCGGUGGGAACCUAGUCGCCGCAUAUAACUUUCCGCAUGGGUCCUCAAUACAUCGCCUAUCUUUGGAAUAUUAAGAUCUCUUUCUAUAUCUCUGGUUCUCAUGUACCAAGGGGAGUUACAUAGUGAUCUAACUACUUUACUUUGAGCAACUCUUAUUUUAUUCAGAUUAGUUCUGGCCGUAAUUCCGUAUAUUUGCAACGCAUACUUUCAAAUUGGGGUCAGGAUGGAUUUAUACAGGCGAACUUUAUUUGCCAAUGAGUGUUUGUUUCUCGGCGAUAAGAGCCACGACUUUUUGCAGCCUUUGAAAGUACUGCUUGCUUGAUCAUAGUCGUAUGCCUAUGAAACGUUAGUCCUCUGUCCAAAAUCACCCCGAGGUAUUUGUAGAAGGACUCGUGUUGAAGUGUGGAGCCGAGCAUGGAAAUUCCAGAGCAGUUCAAAGGCCUUUUUGUGAAUGUGACGCAAGCACAUUUACUGCAAUUAAUGCCGGUUUUCCAUUCCGUUGCCCACUUCUCGAAGGCCGUCACAUAUUCCUGUAGGCCCCUGGUUGCAUCACUUAUGCUUGUACUCCUGACCAUUAGAUGACCGCGGUGUCAUCUGCGUAAGAUGCAAUAAGAACAUUUUCGUAUUCAACUUCUGUACAGCACCAGGAAUCCGGCAUAUCAGAAGUAUACAGCGAAUAAAGAGUCGGGCCUGAAACACUGCCUUGGGGUACGCCUGCUGAGAUUGUACGCGUAGACGAUUUGUCGCCAUCGACAACCACACUGAACUUUCUGUUCGAUAGAAAGCUUUUUAUAAGGAGAAAUAGCUGUGGCGUCAAAAUGGUCUUAAGCUUACUUAGAAGACCAUCAUGCCAAACUCUAUCAAAGGCUUGUUGUAUAUCAAUGAAUACAGCUGUUGUAUACAUCUUGUCCUCCAUUGCCUCCAAAGCAAAGUUUGUCACUGGGUGUAGCAGUUCUGGAGUGCCACGACUUUUUCGGAAACCGAACUGCCACUUUGGAAUAGCUUGGCUCACGCUUGGAAGUUUAAGGAUGCGUUCUAAUAUUACCCUUUCCAACAUUUUCCCUAGCGCGGGUAGAAGACUAAUGGGCCUAUAUGCAUCUAUUUCAGUGGGUUGCUUUCCAGGCUUCGGAAUCAUCGUUAUGAUUGCUGAUUUCCAUUUGCUUGGAAAGUGUCCCAGCCUUAGAGCGCUAUUGAACAAUAGGACUAAGAAAAGUACAGCUUUGAUGGGAGUUUGAGCGUCGUGUUAUCUAGGAGGUCCUCACCAGGCGAUUUUUUAGGUUUGAGCUUUUUGAUCUGCGUUACUAACUCUUCCAAAGUAACAGGGUUUGUGGGAAGGGCCAUUUGAAAAGGUUGGUCCAAGAGUGUUUGCACCCUGUCUCGGUGUUCUGCCGCAGUAAGAUUCAGUGGCUUAAAUAUAUCCAAUAAGCUGGCACCAACCACCAGCCGGAUUUCUGAUGGGAGCCUUUGGAAUAACUUGUCUUUUAAGGUUAUUCAUAAGCUCCACAGCGAGUAGUUAGUCGAUGCAUCAAUUUGCAACGAUAAUAAAUACAACAGGCAUCCAAUUAAAAUCCCAAUUGGGGAAGCUCCUAUUCCAACUAAGGAAGGAGAAAAUUUACACCUCAAAAUUUUUUACGCGCAGAAUCUCAUUUUCUUAACUUGCAUUGAUGCGUAUUCAAAAUUCGUGGUAUUAAAAAAAAUCGAAAAUAAACUUAACGUAGAGAAUAAAGUAAUGGAAUUGCUUCAACAAUUUCCCCACACCAAAGUAAUUAUGACUUUUAAGAACCAAGCUUCACCUCUGCUAAACUUAAAUCCUUUGCACAAAGAUGUGGUUUAACUAUACAUUUCGCAGACCCCAGACACAGUACCUCGAACGGACAAGUUGAAAGGGCACAUUCAACAUUAACAGAAUUAGCUCGUUGCAUAAAGGAAGAAUUUAAGCUGAUUGACUAUUCAGAAAUAAUUGUUAGAGCCGCAAAAGAAUUCAAUACAGCAUUCAUUCUACAACAAAUCAAACAACUUUCGAUAUUCUCUAUAAUAAAAUUGAACACGAAAACAUUUAAAAAAUUCUAAUGAACACUCAAGAAAAAAUGUUAGAAACACAUAAUGAAGGUCGUAAGGAAAAAGAUUAUCAUGUAGGGUAAGUGGUUUAUGAAAAGAAACAUGGAGAAAGAAAUAAACUAAAAUCAAGAUAUAAGAAACAGGUUGUUAAGGAUAAACUUGCCUAACAAAAGAAUAAUAAUAAUUAAAUAAGAAUUAUUCACAAGGAAAAUAUUAAGUUUUAACAAACAUUAUAUUUCUUUUAAAAUUAAAGAAAAUGCAUUUCUUAUUACUUUUAACACCAUUCGUAAUGAUAGCCACUUCAGAAAUAAUUGAUUUCUCCAAUCACGAUUUUUUCCUGUUAUCAUAUGCCCACUUAUUCCACAUACCUAAUUUAAGUCUUUAUAAGGAAAUAAUCGAUCUAGAAUCAGGAUACAUAAAAAAGGAUCCAAAUAAAAGGUCACAAUGGGAAAUAACUUACGAACUACAAUUAAUCGAAUUAAUUUUGUCACAGCUGAUAUCAACUAAAUCCAUAAGAGGAAUAGAUGAGUUAGACACUGUUUGGAAAUGGUUAACUGGAACUCCGGAUAACGAUGAUUUUAUUACAACACAGAAUAAAAUAAACGACUUAAUUGAAAACAAUAACCAACAAUUUAUUAUCAAUUCAGAAUUGUUUAAGAUAAAAUCACUUUCCGAUCACUUAAAAAACUAUUUUAUGGGUCAAGAAUUGCCGUUAACAUUCGACUUGCAAAACAUUAUUGAUACUACUACACUGGCAAAAAUGUGUUUAUUUCACAUAAUGAUGAAAAAUUACUAAUAAGCAAUCAGGUCGCAAAAUGCGAAAAUACUUUCUAUGAAAUAUCUAAUUAUGUGCAAAUAAUAUUGUAAGCAAUUCCCAUUUAGGCGUGUCAUAUUUAAUAACAUUCAACGGCACAACCACAAUAAGUAAUAUUUCAUACAAUAAUUUAGAAAACAAAAUAAAUUUAAAUUUGCAAUUGGAAAAUAUCAAUUUUAUUUAUAUUAUUAAUUUUAAUAAUUUUGUAUUUGAUUACUACAUUAAUAAUUGUCGCGGAACGGAUAAGUUGGCUAUCGAUAAGUAGUUAAGAAAUUUGUCACCGAUUGACGGCACUCGGGCACAUUAAAUACUAAAUGUAUGCAUUUUUAUCGCUAUUGUAAUUGGUCACAUCGAUUUAACUAAGAAUUAAGCUACUUUGCGCGUCAGAUCAGUUCGUCUGACGAUACCAAGAGUGAGGGAAGAGAAACUGCGAAUAAAACGGUCGUCAUUUGUCUAAGCCAAUAAGCGCUUAAGGCAUUUACUUUGUAUUGUCGGCAGCUCGACAUUUCUUUUAUUCGCAUUCUUUAUUCGCACCCUGUGAUUUGCAACAUGCCGGCGCUGAGGCGAAGCCCCAGACUAGAUCAGUCCAAGGGGCCCACGACGAGUGUGGCUAGUGAUAUACAGCAGCCUCAAAGUUCCAAGGUAAGUGGAUUACUCGGUCAGAAUCCGAUUGGUACUCCGCAGCCUGCCAAAGCAGGGCAGACUACAAAUUCCACAACUGUAGAGGUGGCGAACCUACUGGAAAGAAUCGGAACCUUAGAAAGGGAACUAUCCAAGGCCAAGUAUGAGUGAAACGUCGUCAGCUAUGAGUGAAGCGACGACGCAGAUGUUGAGUAAAAAUUUGCAACGGGAACAAUUUGUGACGCCAUCUUUGAAUUGCACAAUUGAGUGCAAAUUUGCUCGCACAAUUGAGUGCAAGUUUGCAGCCACAAUUGAGUGGAACUAGUGGGCAACAAGUCACACGGAAUAAUAACUGUACAACAGUGAGCCUAGCGUGCGAGAUGUGCUGCCAAUAUCAGAACCGAACAUAGCCAGAACCAAUAUUGUGCCGUUUGCCACAAAGGUGAGCAACCUUGCAGCGUUUUUGAAGUCAACGAAGAAUGGCAUUCAGCAUUUAGGAAAUCCUACCCUAAUGGAGGAGCUGAUAGCUAAGUUGCCUAUAAGCAAGAGGUUGGACUGGGCGAAGCAUGCGGCUACGAUAGAACCAUAUCCAACAGUGGUGCAUUUUAGCAAAUGGCUACACGAGCUCGCUAAAUUGAUAUGCAUUGUUACGGAUGCUGCAAGUAAAGAUCCGAAGCGAAGGCUAUUACACGCAAGCACAAGUCGUAUGGAUGGAAAGGAUACUGACUCUCACAAAUGUUGUCCAAUAUGUGAGGGGCAGCAUGGAAUCAAGGACUGCGAAGAAUUUCAUCAUGCACUUCCGACAGCGAGAAUCGAGUUAGCAAGGAAGCAUAUGAUCUGCUUCGCGUGCUUGGAGAGUGGACACAUGGCCCGGUUCUGCAAGAAGGGCACCAAAUGCAGUGUCAACGGGUGCCAAAGAAGUCAUCACUACCUGCUCCACGAUAGAAUCGGGAAUUCCAGGCUACCCCAGUCGAACGGCGGCCGCUUCAAGGAGCAUACGAGCACUUGAGAUCAGGAGCUGCAAAGGGACACCAGUCAUCGCCGACGUAAUCCCUUUACGUCAACGACUGCAACGCUAAAAGCAGGACAAGCCGAGGAUGGCCAGGAAUCGCCACACCGAAACCUUAGCUGCGUUGACCCGGAUGGAGAUGACCUGCCGGAUUUUGCCAGUGACGUUGUACGGGAGGAAUAAGCAAGUGGACCCAUACGCGCUGCUCGAUGAGGGAUCGUCCGUAACGCUUAUUGACGACGACAUCAUCCAGAGCCUGAACCUAAAGGGAGGGAGUCGACAGCUCAACGUGCAGUGGUUUGGUGGCAAAUCCGUCAGAGAGCACACAACGGUAGUUAGCCUGCAGAUAAGUGGCACGGGCAAAUCCAUGCGCCAUGACCUACGAAAUGUGUUCGCUGUAUCGAAUCUAAAUCUUCCGAUGCAAAGCUUGCGUCGGGAGGAUGUUAAGGCAAGAAAGGAAAAUGCACGCCUACCCGUUAAACCAUACUUCGAUGCAACGCCAAGGAUCUUGAUCGGCUUAAAUCACGCUCAUCUGUGUAUUCCACUGAGGACCAGAAGCUUUGGAGCAGGAGGACCAUUUGCAGCCGCCACCAAACUUGGAUGGGUAGUGUACGGACCGGUAAAAGGGAGUGCAAGUCCACCGGUAUCGAGAUCAUGCCUUUUAGCCGUGUCACACGAUAAUCUUCUAGAGAAGAUGGUUAGCGAUUACUUCGAAACUGAGAAUUUUGGAGUAAAGCCCGCACCGCCGGUCGCAGCUGGUGACGAUGUGCGAGCCUUAAGCAUUUUGGAGGACACGACGAAACGUAUAGGCCGACGAUACCAGACUGAUCUCCUAUAGAAAGACGACGAGGUGAGACUGCCAGACAGCUACAACAUGGCACUCAAGAGACUCGUCAACAUUAAACGGAAAAUUAAGCGCGACGAGGUCUUCGCGCUUACAAGGGAAUUAUGGAUGAUUACAUGAAGAAGGGAUAUGCACGACGACUAGAGCCGCAGGGGAUAACUCACUCCAACGGCGGCAAGGUAUGGUACCUUCCGCAUUUCGGGGUAGAGAACCCAAACAAGCCGGGAAAAAUCCGUCAAGUCUUCGAUGCCGCAGCCAAAGUGAACGAUAUAUCACUGAACUCGGCGCUGAUGAAAGGCCCUCAGCGCUACAAAUCCGUACCAGCAGUGCUCUUCCGCUUCCGGGAAGGUGCCGUUGGAGUAUGUGCAGACUUCAAGGAAAUGUUGCACCAAGUGCUGAUACAGCCACAGGACAGAUGUGCCCAGCGAUUCUUGUGGAUAAAUGGAGAGGAUCGUCGGAACCCGGACACCUACGAGAUGCAGGUCAUGACAUUCGGAGCAGCUUGAUCUCCUUGUGCAGCGGACUAUGUGAAGCUCGUCAACGCUUCGCAAUAAAGUAGUACGGAUCUGCGAGCGGUUCUGGCGAUAAAGGAGUACCACUACGUGGACGACUAUGUGGACAGUUUCAUGAGCAAGGACGAUGCUAUCGCCGUUUCGUCACGGGUGAGAGAAAUACAUGCAAACGCAGGAUUUGAUUUGUGUCGGUUUUCCUCCAGUUCGGCAGAUGUUCUUGGGUUCUUGAGCUGCUACAUGAUAACCGCUAAACUGCUGAUGCGAGAGAUUUGGCGGAGGAGAGUCAAGUGGGAUGAGCCCCUCCCAGACGAAUUGGCCGCAGCAUUUGAGUGCUGGCGGCAAGAAAUAAAAUACAUGGAAGAAUUCCGAUGUCCACGCUACUACUUCGUCGCUGGACGUGUACGGACCCUGCAGCUGCACGUCUUCGUGGACUCCAGCCAAUCUGCGUUCGCCGCGGCGGCUUAUUGGCGGGCCAAGUACGCAAACCACGAUGGGCAGGCACAUUUUGUGUGUUCCAAAACGAAAUGUGCUCCCAUGAGGACGAUGUCGAUCCCACGACUGGAACUUCAAGCAGCUGUAUUAGGAACUAGACUGAUGGACACCGUUAAACGUGUAGCGAUCAGUAGCUGCACACUAUGGACCGACUCUAAGACCGUGCUGUACUGGAUCACCAGCACUCACCGGAGAUAUAAGCAAUUUGUUGGAAAUCGGGUGGCAGAAAUCUUAGAAUCCACAGAGGUUUCCCAAUGGAGAUGGCUACCAUCUGCCGUAAACGUGGCAGACGACGCAACCAGGUCGCAACGCCGCGUUGACUUCAGCCCAGGUUCGCGGUGGUUAAGCGGACCACCAUUCCUAAUGGGACCUGAAGAAAGUUGGCCCAAAUUUUCUGUAACCGAUGGACGCGCUCCACAGGCCGCUGAGGAAGAAGAGAUGUCAGGUGAGUUUGUAUUGGCCAUGGCAAACGCGCCGCUUCUAUCUUGGCAGAGGUUCUCGAGUUUCAACCGACUGGUAAGAACGACAGCAUGGAUCCUAAGAUUUAUUCGACGCUGUCGCGGGCAACGCUACGAGCGAGAAGAGCACGGGCUUACCUCUGUCGAACGUGCUGACGCGGAGCACGCAUUGGUCCGGCGGGCGCAGAUAGAAGCGUUCGGCGAGGAAGCCCAAACAGGAACGGUCAGCAAGAGCAGCCAAUUAUCAGGACUUUCGCCGUAUUUGGAUAGAGAGGGUAUCAUGCGUGCCAAUGGAAGGAUUGAAGCAGCGGCAUGCGUACCAUAUGUUUUGGAUUACUAACGUGGGGAGGCUACUACGGAAGGUGGUGGCUAACUGUAACGUAUGCAAUUUAAGGAAGGCACGACCGACACAAUUGCCGGAGGAUCGGCUUGAGGCAAAUGGAUGGCCAUUUAAGUUCACUGGCCUGGACUAUUUCGGACCAUUGCUUGUGUCGAUUGGGCGCCGAACAGAGAAGAAGUUGGUGGCGCUAUUUACCUGCCUAACUACGAGAGCCGUCCACUUGGAGAUGGCUCAUGAUUUGUCAACAGAUUCAUGCAUCAUCGCUAUGAGAAACUUCAUGUGCCGCCGUGGACCUGUGGCUAGGAUAAGGACCGAUAAUGGCAAGAACUUCGUGGGAGCCGAUAUAGAGGCCGAUAAAGAGCCAGAAGAGGCCUGCCAGUGGAGCAGGAGGCUCCACUGUCACCAAACGACCUGUUAAAAGGUGAUAAAUUGGCAUUUGAGAGAUGCACAACAAGGAAGCAGUGACGUAUCGCUCGGAUAAUGAGAGAUCGGUUCUGGAAACGAUGGGUGCACGAGUACUUGCCCACACUUGUUCGCAGAGAGAAAUGGUGCCAGCGUGUUGAGCCCAUGCAUCGAGGAGACCUGGUAUACAUCUGCGAUCCGGCCAUACCACGCAGGGAGUGGAAAAGAGGCGUCGUUGAAGAGGUGUUCACCGGGAAAGAUGGAGUGCCACGGCGGUCUUCGGUGAGGACUAGCGACCGAGCCAAAUUAGUGCUGCGUCCCGCUUCGAAGUUAGCCGUUCUGGAUGUGGUGAAUGCUGUUGCUUAACGGGGGAGGGGAUGUCGCGGAACGGAUAAGUUGGCUAUCGAUAAGUAGUUAAGUGAUUUGUCACCGAUUGAGGGCACUCGGGCACAUUAAAUACUAAAUUUAUGCAUUUUUAUCGCUAUUGUAGUUGGUCACAUCGAUUUAACUAAGAAUUAAGCUACUUUGCGCGUCAGAUCAGUUCGUCUGACGAUACCAAGAGUGAGGGAAGAGAAACUGCG